AUGGCCUCAGGCGCCGGUGAGGGCCCCGGGAAGAACAGCAACUACCGGGUGGACCACCUCCUCAGCGCGGUGGAGAGUGAGCUGCAGGCCGGCAGCGAGAAGGGCGACCCCACGGAGAGGGAGCUGAAGGUCACCCUGGAUGAGAACGAGCUUUGGCAGAAAUUUAAGGAUCUUACAAAUGAAAUGAUAGUAACGAAGAACGGCAGGCGCAUGUUUCCUGUGCUGAAAGUCAACGUGUCCGGGUUGGACCCGAACGCCAUGUAUUCGUUUCUGCUGGACUUUGUGUCUGCGGACAACCACAGGUGGAAAUAUGUGAACGGGGAGUGGGUCCCCGGGGGGAAGCCUGAACCUCAGACCCCCAGCUGCGUGUACAUCCAUCCGGACUCCCCCAACUUCGGAGCGCACUGGAUGAAAGCUCCGGUCUCAUGUAGCAAAGUGAAACUCACCAAUAAACUCAACGGAGGCGGUCAGAUUAUGUUAAAUUCCUUACACAAGUACGAGCCACGCAUCCACAUCGUGCGCGUCGGAGGCCCGAGGAGGAUGAUCACCAGCCACGCUUUCCCAGAGACACAGUUCAUUGCAGUAACUGCAUACCAAAACGAAGAGGUAACUGCUCUUAAAAUAAAGUACAAUCCUUUUGCCAAGGCCUUCCUGGAUUCAAAGGAGAGAAGUGAUACCAGAGACAUCAGAGAAGAUGCCAAUGAAAACCAACAAACAACUUAUUCUCAAUUAGGUGGCUGGUUUAUUCCUGGCACAGGCUCCCUCUGCCCCCCUGCCAGUCCCCAUGGCCAGUUUGGGGGUCCCAUGUCCCUUUCGCCAUCCCACGGCUGUGAACGCUACUCCACCCUGAGGAACCACCGCUCUGCCCCGUACACCAGCCGGUACGCCCAUCGGACCAACUCGCCCACUGGGUACUCCGAUAACUCAUCAGCUUGCCUGUCCAUGCUCUCAAAUCAUGAUAACUGGUCCAGUCUGCAGAUGCCAUCACACUCCAGCAUGAUGCCCAUGGCCCACAAUUCCACCUCUGGUAACAACUCUAGUCAGUACACCAGCUUGUGGUCAGUGAGUAACUCACCCCUGACCCCCAUGUCCCAGAAUGGAGACUUAAACAACAGCCUGACAUCCCAGGUCCUGCGAGGGUCCAGCAACUACUACCCAGGCCUGGCUCACUCGGUCACAGUGCCCUCCUCUGGCUCUCCCAUGUAUGACAGCGGCGCUGCCACAGAUGUGCAUGACACAGCUCAGUAUGACGCCUCUCCGCACGCACGAAUCCCAUCAUCCUGGACCCCUGUCACACCUCCGUCCCUUUGA